AUGCCCGGAUUCAGCCGGAGGGGAAGAGCACAGGUCGUAAUAACGGAGCAGCUGCGCUUCCUUGGGGCGGUGCAGCACUUGUACCUCAGCAAUCUGGUCUUCUACGUCUGCCAGGAGGGAUGCCGGGACCUCACCGACGCAGUGCGCUUCGGCAUGGACUACAGCUACGCGGCUGUGACGUUCGGCCACUACAGCCUGGACCCCGCCAAGAGAGUCAGCGUCCUGUCGCCGGUGACCCAUGCGACCAAUCUUCGCAAGUCCUUGGACCAGUCGCACAGGCAUUGGCUGACGCGCGACGUGCGGGGCCUGUCGCCCACCUCGGACAUCAACGGCUGCUUCGACAAGGGGCCGGACCAGUUCUUCCCUGGCCGUUUCCAGAAGACCGGAGCCCUCGAACCUUCCCCAUACUACUUGCAGCACCUGGAGCAGAAGGUGCUGCGCGCGGAUGCCGAAGAGAUCGCUGCCGCACUCUCCAGGGCAUCGCAGCCGGACCUCAACGCCUGGGAUGGGCGAGGCGAGACCCUUCUGCACAAGGCUGCGACAAGGGGCCGGCCGGAAGUCAUGGCGCCGCUCGUGCUGGCGGCGGCGGACGCGAACUGCCGGGCGAAAGAUGGGCGGCGUCCCCUGGACCAUGUCCCGCGGGGCCCGGGCAACGACCUUGCGCGGGCGUUGCUGAUGCUGGCGGGCGGAGAGGACAAUGUGCCCCUGGCGGAGAUCAUGAAAGUGGUGGAGGCUGUGCCGGAGCCAUGGAGGCGGCAGCUCUGCAGCCGCUUUGGCCUUGCCACGGUCCCAGACAUUUGGAUCGCGCCGGCGACAGAAGGGCGCCUUGCAAAGUCGGCGCAGUUCCUCUUUGCCCCGAGCCUCGACGAGGAGGCGGCCGCCACGCCGGGAGCUCAGGAGGCGCUGGCGGCCCUGCGACGGGGCAUCCGGAGGCCGCAGGAGGAACGUCGUCAGUUGUUGCGGCGCCUGCUUCGUGAAUGGCACCCGGACAAGUUCCAGACGUUGAGCCAGGAGAAGCAAGAACACGCAAACACUGUCUUCUGCUUCAUCCAGCGCUUUCGCGCCAUCUUCUUGGGCGAGGCCUUCGACUUCAGCGUCGAGGCCGACGCGCAAGAUGGUGGCAAGAGCUGCAAGCCGAUCCCCGAUGAGUUCUUGAACGCGCUUGCUGGAGCAAGCGGGGAAGGCGAGCUGCCGGGAUCCGCGUCGCGGUGUGCUCCGGUGGCCUACAGCGCCGAAGGCGCAAGAAGGUGGGGCUCGGAGGGAUGGAACUUGUUCAUGAGCAAGGACCAGAACAGAGCCAUGGCCUUCUUCUCGCGCCUGGGGCCGCGCCUCGCCGGCGGCGUGCUGGCAGGCGGUGGUGCUGCCUUCGCAGCCCAGCAGUGGCACUCCAAAGGAUCGCGCUGCGAGAUGACCACGUUGACGCGCAUCUCCUACACCUCAACGAUGCGCGGGGACCCUCAGAAAGCCUCGCGGCAGAUGGAGGAGAUCGUUGCCAAGUCCGUGAAAAGCAACCUGUCCUGUCAAGUCUCGGGCCACAUGUGCUAUGAUGAGAAGCUCAAGCACGUGUGGCAGGUCUUCGAGGGCAGUCCAGAAGCGGUGCAAAAGCUGUGGGCGUCAAUUAACCAGGAUGAGAGGCAUAUCGUGGACGAGGACACCGUGACGAUGGAAUCUGUGGACUCCCGCAGCUUCCCGAUCGGCUGGGGGAUGCGAUGCACGAACUUUGGCCAAGGUUCCUCGGCUUGCGAAGACUGCGCGAAGAGCAAGCUCAUGCAGCUGAUGUACAAGUCCGUCAUCAAGGAGGGCGAUGAGAGUGCCAAGGGCCUCGUUGACAAGAUCGUGCCGCAAGCAAUGGUCAAAAACGCGCGGAACGGAAUCACUGGCUGGAUGCUGUACAACGACAGGACGUCGGUGGUCUACCAAGUGUUGGAGGGACCACCAGAGUCCAUUGAAAGACUCUGGGAGCGCAUCAGCACCGAUCCACGCCACUCGAUCGUGACGGACAGCGUCCGGCGCCGUGCGAUCCCCGCGCGUGAGUUCGCGAAUUGGUCCAUGGCCAUGAAAGAAGUGGAGCGCACCGCCUGGAUGGCUCCAUGGCAAGGAGCAGGCCUACUGACCGUGCUCCCGGAGGCGGAAUGUUUACUUGGCAGCAGGCCAGGCUCCGUGCAGAGGAGGCAGGAGGAGAGUUUCUUUUUUAAAGUUAGCCUCCGGGAGCUGUCGCAAAAUCCCGCAGGAAAUGCUGUGCUGGACCACUCCGAGGAGGGGAAGAUCUCCCUACAGAAGUUCCAGGCCUUCGUGGGCAAAAUGGGGGGCAUCCGACAGCUCUUCGAGCAGCGGCGGCUGCGCAUCUCCACGAGCCGCAAAGACGUGUGCGACUACAUCGGCAUUGCCGAGGGCGCUCGGGUCCGGGCGCACUACUUUGUCCAGGGCCAGAAGAGCCAUGGGUGGAGGGAAGCCCAGGUGCUCAAAGUUGGGGUUCACAUGUACUUCGGCAAGACGGACAUGGGUCCAGGCACCUUUGGUGUCCUUCUGCAGUUCGGCUUCGGAACCGACUCCACGCGGAAGUGGACCGCGCGGCAGGUCGUGCCGCCGGCUUGGAUCCUAAGCGGCGUGGAGGAUGCCUCCGUGGCCAGCGCCCUCCGGGAGUCGGGUAUCUUGGAUGAGCAGCAGGCAUUCUGGGGCCUGCUGCUGCCCGAGACGGAGAUGCAGGCCAUCGCAAGGCUGGAGAGCUGCCAGCGGAAGGCCUUGUACACGGUGCGCGCGCAGGCCACCCGGCUCCAUGACGAGGCCCUGCCACGGCUCAGAGAGCGCUUCACCAAGCUCGGCCACGGUGACGAGAUGCUCGGCACCGUGCUUGACUGGAUCCAGGACUUGGCUCCGGUGGUGGUGCAUGUUCACAUGGAUCGGGUUGGCGCCUUCAUGGAGAUAGACGAGUACUACCGGAACCAGUUCGAGACGAAGACGAGCUGUGGUGCUCUGGACCCCGAGAACCGCACUCGCCAGAACUGGGAGAGGGAGCUGUUUGGCGGGGCCUAUGACGAUGCCAAGCCCUUCGACCGGUGCAAGUACGGAGCGCUGAGCGUCAUGAAUGACUACCGCGGGGUGGUGUCUGCCAGGCAGUACGGCGACUCCUAUCUGGUGCUGAAGGACGUGCGCCUCCGCUGCACCUUCGCAAGCACGGACUCGGGAGGAAUCCAAGGGUCGAGAUUGGCCGUCCUCGACAAGUACGCGCACGUGUUGAACGAGUACAACGAUCAGGAGCUGCAGGGAGUCAUCCUCGUGGCUUCCCACGCGCGGGCAGGGGCCUCCAAAGGCACAGUUCGGCCGGAACUUCUCAGAGGCUCCACGGAGGAUCCCGUCAUGGACUGGGUCACUCUUGGCUAUCCGCAGCUGGCGCAGGGCAGUGGCAAGUACUACUUCGAAGUGCACCUCAUUGCAGGUGCCGAGGCGCCACAGGUCGGGCUCCUUAGCCAGGACUUCAAGCGGCAACCGGGAGCACACAGCACACAGGGUGUGGGCGACUGCGAAAACGGCUGGGCUGUCGAUGGUCAGAGCGCCAUCCGCUGGCACCGAGGCGAGGCCCUUCCCUGGGGCCAAACUUGGCCUUCCACGGAGGGCACACGGAGGCUCAGCGAGGAUGUGACUGUCUGCGUGGCGGUGGAUCUGGAUCAAAGAAAGAUGUACUUCGCCACGGACGGGCAGUGGGAUUCCAAGUGGAUGGAGAUGCCGACCUUUGACCAGGAUUUGAUCCCCAAGGGCCUGAAAGUGUAUCCGGCCAUGUCGAUCAAAGGCCGCGCUUCGUUCGACUUCGGCCCGUGCUCCCUCAUGUCCUGGUACUGGAAGUACAAGCCGCCAACUCGCAAAGGUGUGGAUGUCCCGCACAUCGGCAAUUCCGAGACGCGCAACGCUGAGCUGCCCUGGGCAUCACUCUGCACAGAGAAAACGCCCGGGCAGUGCUCAGACGAGCUACCCCCGCUGCUCCGGCGGCCCCUCCACUCCUUGCUGAGCAUCUACAAGGAGGUCCAGAUCCAUGGCGAGAUCAGCCGCAGCCACGGUUUGAAGCGGAACGUUCAGCGACUGGUUGCGGCUCGGAAGUGCCUCCCACAAGACCUGCUGCGAGACAUCUCUGUGCCCAUCCACUGUCACAACGCGCACAUGCUCCGCGUCUCCAACGCCACCGUCUGCAACGGCCUGCGCCACCAGGGUUUUGCUGCUGACGUGGUCGCCAAGAUUCUGGCGAAGCAGGAAUUCUAG